AUGGCUUUUAUGAAGACUUUGUUAUCUCUAAUUUCUCUACUCUCAAGUGCUUUGCUAUUGCAUGCUACUGUUGAAGGUCCCAAGACCAUCACUUUAAGUCUAAUUCACCCAUUCUCCCCCCACUCACCUUUCUAUCCUGGGAACAUAACAGAUAUGGAGAAGAUUACUCUACUUAUUCAAGGCACACAAGCUCGUAUGCAUCAUCUAUUCUCAACGAUGAGGGAACGAAACUGGAAUGGUAGUAGUGAGGUUGAUGACAUAGUGGCACCAGUGCAACGUAGUAAUCUUUUCUAUGUAGCCCAAGUGGGUAUAGGUUCAUUUUCAGCUUUUACUGGCCGAAAGGAUAUGCCUUAUUUCUUGGUGAUUGACACUGGAAGUCAAUUAACAUGGGUUCAAUGUGAAGGUUGUGAUCCUUGCAUUCCCCUACAACAACCUAAUUUCCCAUAUAACAGAUCUAACAGUUACAAGCCUAUUCCUUGUGGUGACCCAACCUGUCCAACUCCACGCCAGCCUUGCUUUGAAUCAUUUUGUGGAUUUAGAAUAGGUUAUGGGGGGGACUCUCCACCCUUAACAGUGGGAGCCAUUGUACGAGAGACCUUAACUUUCACUUCUGAUUUUAGAGGUACAGAAGCUUACAACAAUUUAUUCUUGGGUUGUGGCUUUAAGAGCUACAACUAUAACUUUCCACCAGAGAAAAUUGGUGGGAUUUUGGGCUUAGGGUUUGCUGGAAAUUUUAAUCUUCCUUUCUUGAACCAAGUAGGCAAAAAACGCUUCUCUUAUUGCCUAUCUAUCUCUGAACACCCCAAUUCUCAGUUAAAUAUUGGAGAAGGUGCAAAGAUGGUAGGACCAAAAGUGCUAUCAACACCAUUGCUGAGAGGAUCAAACGAAGCACUGUACUAUUUGGACUUGCAGGAUAUUAGUAUCCAAAAUGUCCCCCUUAGACUACAGGGAUCCUUCUCUGAAGGUUCUGCCAUAGAUACAGGAUGUCCGAUGACUAUACUUGUUUCUAAUGUUUAUGCUCGUGUGAGAAUUGGCUUUGUUCAAUACUUUGCACAGUUUCAUAUUCAACCAUUCGAUAGUGGAAGUAAACCAAGAGAAGUGUCAUUGUUAGAUCUUUGUUUUCCUAUCCCGCACGGUUUUAAUAUGUUUCCAACUAUGACAUUUCAUUUCAGAGGAGCUGACCUAGUUGUGCAACCCACCGGUAUACUUUUGGCAGGGAGUAAUUAUGUUUGUGUUGCACUUCAAUCAGGCUCCAUUACAAUGAUUGGAGCUUAUCAGCAAACGCAAUUCAAGUUUUCCUAUGAUUUUGAGUUGGGAGAUAGAACACGAGGAGAAAUUGGUGCUCUUCGCUUUGCUCCUCAGAAUUGUGGGUCCCCUGCGUAA